AGAGUUGUAUCUACAACUUUUUUUUUUGGUAAAUCUGUCUGGAUUUGUUAAGUAUCGCUUCAAAAUCUAAAGUGCACAGGCAAGUCAAGAUUUGAUCAAGUGCAUGCAGCUCACACUGAAGGCCCGCUGCUGUAGCCCACAUUGUAGGCCCGCCACUGUAGCCCACACUGAAGGCCCGUCACUGUAGCCCACACUGAAGGCCCACCGCUGUAGCCCACACUAAAGGCCCGCCACUGUAGCCCACACUAAAGGCCCGCCACUGUAGCCCACACUGAAGGCCAACCGCCGUAGCACCAUGCGACAGUGUUACCUCAACCAAGAAACUGACGGCAUCCGCCAAAACAUCUACGAGAAGUGGUUAAGACGAAGACUGAACUACGCAACCAUCCGUGAAACCGGAAACCACGCGGCGCCAGACUUCAUACACACCAUCAUCCAUUCUGGGAACUGCCGCAGCCACGUAGCCAGUGAAAUCCGAGACAAGAUGUGGAACAGGAACAAAUAUCCAAACUCCGACUUCUUCCAUCACGGGAUGGUGGCCUACAGGUACCCGCCUGUCAUCUCAGAGAUCAUGGACCUGAGGUUCAACGAGACCACGCCUUCUAAGUGCAGCUACGGCCCAUAUAACCAGGACAUAUUUAACACAUACGAUCUGUCAAUUGACGAGAUGACCCGGGUGACGAAAUGGAUGGGCAACCACACCAUGAUCAACUGCCCCUACCCCCACAGUCAUGAGGAGCCCCUUACGUGGAGGCUACGGGAGGAACGACACGAGAAGUCACCUGCGGUCUGUCAUUACCCUGCCCGUGUUCACGAGCCCGUGUACCCAUCCUGCUGCCAGUUCAAAGACUACGUCUGCAGCUCUGUCUACUGCAAGUACCCCCUCCCAGAGGCGGUCUACAACCCCGGCCCCCUGGGGCACGGUGACGCCCUCGUCAGAUGGCAUUUCGACCCAAUGAAAGGAAAGUGAAAGUAGUUCAAAUUGUUUACCAUCUUGUAACAAAAAAACUAUACCAUUUAGUAAAAUUAUACCAUCAGAUAAAAUUGUCCAUCGUUAAAUAUCUCAGAAGAAAUGUUCACUAAAAAUAA